AUGACCACAACCAUGGGCAGCUACGGUGGCGUGACCGCCUAUCGCCAGCACAGUCAUGGCUACGCGGGUAGUCAGCAACCUUCACCAAGCCCAAUGUUCAAGUUUCCGUCCCAGCCUCAGAUGCUGCCGUCCCCCUCGCAGGAUGACUACGUGGUGCAACAAAGUCAAGUCGAAGAAUACAAUCAAAGGCGCGGCGUGCGUCAGGCCAGCCAGCCUCGCUUGCAGAUCCAGUCGCAGAGCUAUGGCCAUCGCCGCGGCCCAGUCCAGGGCCUUCAGAGUCAGACCACAUCGUAUCGAGUGCAUCAACAGAGCAAUGGCUUGCAACCGGCGCCGAUGGCCGGACACAGCGGCUCCCCAGACCAACUUACACACCAAGAAUUGGCGGUCAACAACAUCGAUGUCCUCGUCACGGUCGAACAGGACAUCCGGAGCUGCCACUGGUUCUACCCGCUUGCCACCCGCACUGCCAUUCAAACUUUGCUGGGAGGCCAACCUCUUGGCGUAUUUGCCGUACGCGCCUCGAAUAGCUAUCCUGGAUGCUUCGUUCUCGCCGUCAGUGUGGACCCCGAUGCCUUGCUGCUGCACGAGUUUCUUCUCGUCCGCACAGACCACGGCUUUAUGCUCCAGGAAUCCAACAUCUGCUGCAACUCGGUCAUUGAGCUCAUUGCUUUUCUUGCCACAUCGACGGGCGCUGAGCUUCUCGGCGUACAGAUUCAGCCGGGCAUCUGGCCUGAGCCAGGAGAAGUGAUUCGACCCAUCGUCACCGAGCUGGAGACCAUGGAGCGUCGAAAAACCAUCACCCACGUUGUUGAUGAUGCGGCCUCUGAAGCGGAGGAAGCGCGCUCCCCCUCACCUGAGACCGUGACCACCAAGACGGUGGAGACGAUUCAGUCUCAGCUUGUUUUCGACGUUGAGUUUGCCCCCAGGCGCAAGCGCAACCCACACUCGGCUCGCAACAAGAGCAAGCACCAACGCCACGAUCGCCGUCAACAUGGCCACCAUCGCACACACCACAUCCACCGCGAGCGCAUUGUUGAGCGCGAGGAAUAA